AUGCCCGACACCGCUACCCAGAACUCUGCAUCUCAGAAGGCCCAACGGGGCAGAAGAACCAACAAGCGGGGGAGGAACGGCGGGCCCGGGUCAGCACCCACCCCUGGCGCGCAGGCAAAGACCGAGGGGGCCCCCAGAGCGAACGGUGCUCAGGCAGUAGAGGCAGCAUCCGGGGAGGAUCCAAAGGAUGCCGAAAUAGAUGACAGUCUUAUUUGCUGGAUAUGUGCCGAGCCAGUGAAGUACUACUCGGUCUCGGAGUGCAACCAUCGGACGUGUCACGUCUGCGUACUCAGGUUGAGGGCCUUGUAUAAGAAGCUAGACUGUACAUUCUGCAAGGAAUCCCAGCCAUCGGUGAUCUUCACGGUAUCGGCGGACCGGCCAUUUUCAUCCUAUUCGCCCACCGACAUUCCUCACAAGGACUUCAAGCUGAGCAUUUUCUUCGAGACUCCAGAGAUGAUGGAGGAAACCUUGGUCCUCCUCCGUUUCAACUGUCCCGAGUCCACCUGUGAGCACGUCGCGCAAGGAUGGAACGAUCUGAAACUGCAUGUCCGUGCCGUGCAUGGGAAGCUCAUGUGUGACUUGUGUCUGCGCAACAAGAAAGUGUUCGCGCACGAGCACGCUCUGUACACGCCCAAUCAAUUGGCGAUUCAUCUGCCGUCCAUCCCUCACCCACAUCGCAAAGGCGCUCCGCCGGAACAAGUCGAAGGGGGCGUACACCCGCUCUGCGAGUUCUGUCGAGAGUGCUUCUCUGGCGACGACGAAUUGUACAAACACAUGAGGGAGCGCCACGAAGAAUGUUUCAUCUGCAAGAGGAACGAAGUCAGAGAUCAAUAUUUCAAAAACUACGAUGCUCUGGAGAAGCACUUCGACCACGCGCACCAUCCCUGUCCCAACUCCUCUUGCCAACAGCGCAAAUUCGUCGUUUUCGGGUCCCUGCUCGACCUCCAAGCUCACAUGGUCGAAGAACACGGCGCGGACAUGUCUUCCCGCGACAAAAAGGCCGCGAGCCGGAUCAACGUCGAGUUCCAAGAGGUCAACGGCGGUAGACGCAGAGGUGCACGAGAACGCGAGCCGCCGCCAGGUUCGCAGCCGCCAGGACCUGCCAGGUCUGGUAAUAGCAGGAGGGAUCGGUUCGCCGGACAUCUGACGGUAGAGGGCGACACGCACGGCUCGUCCCCGGGCCCCAGCCGUCCAGCCUCUCCGCCUCCCGCCGAUAUGGACCCCGCUACCGCCGAGUGCGAUAUCUUUUUACAUGCUGCCGCCGUUGUUCCGCUGACCGGCGUUCCGUCAGGAAAUAUGCGGCGCUGUUCGCGAGGCUGA